AUGCCAAAAGUCAGAGUCUUCUUUGUGAAUUGCCACCCAAAACGCCCACAAAAAGAUCGCGCUCUGGACGAUGUCGAGCGAAGGGCUCACGCUGCGCGAGAAACACACAGGAAGAGGGAGGCACAGCGGAACAGCAACCAGUCUUCGCGAGUCACAACGCCAUCUCCCACCAGUGAGACGAUCCUACACAGGGCAGACCCCUUUGAUGCGGCAUCUGUUAGAAUCGACAAUGCCGUGGCGGGCCUCCUGCACUACUACGUCUACUUUUAUCAUCCCACACUGUGGCCGAACGAGAUGACGGUCCUUCGUCAGGGUGUAUACACGUUUCAAAGCGCCGUCAACCGCAUCAUGCGGACAGUUGUCGAGGACAGCCUCACCAUGUACUGUCUCCUUAGCGCCUCUGCCAGUCGACUCCAGUUCAUUGACCGCCUCCCUUCCACGGCGGUGGCUGGGAAAGACGACUACUACAUGCGCAACGCGCUCCGGUUACUGCGCUCCCGCAUCGAAACGCAGCCCAUUCAGACCUACGAGCAACUGAGACAGUUGCUGAUCUGCAUCGUGUUUCUGACCUCGGCCGAGUGUUACCGAGACGACGUCGCGGCGGCGACAACCCACCUACAGGCUGCUGUCGACCUGCUGGAACGAAAUGGCGGGCUCAUGUCCAUCCACGACGAGAAUUUGCGGGGUCAGCUCGCCAUGAGUGAUCUGUAUCUCGCCUGCAUCCGGCUCAAGCCUUGUCUAUUUGAAUGCGACUACGAUCCAGGUCCCGCCAGUGCUCUUUGUCUGGGGGAUCACGAGCUAUCGCCCGUCCAGUCUGAGAACAGCGCCAGCUUCCUGCUGGACAGGGACACAUCGAUAGUACCUCUGGCGUUGAGGACCGUGAUCGAGCAGCUAGUCGAGUCCCACGAUGUCAAGAGUCGCCUACAGACCUCGUCCAUGUCUCCGUCCCGCGCCCUGCAGGUCACCCACUGGAUCACCACGCGCAACAUGGCCAUCCGAAACAGGCUGUUGGCACUGACGACUCACGACCCCCGGGCCCACGCGCUGAGGACCGCCAUCAUCAUGUGGACCCUGCUCGCGAUGAACGUGACGGGCCGCGCAAAGACCGUCAAGGUCAUGGCGCCAAUGCUGAAGGACAUCCUCACACAAAUACCCACCACGUCCCCCGGCUGGGUCGGCGCCCAGGACAUCAGGCUGUGGAUUCUGAUCGUAGGCUUCUCGUGCGCCGACGAGGGGAGCCCCGUGGCCGAGUGGUUCGCCGCGCAGUGUUGUGCCUUUGCCAGGAGCUGGAGCUGGUCGUUGGGACCGACGAACUCGUCGCUGUGUCGUCUUGACGAGGGCCUUGUUACAGAGCGUCUCGAAACGUUUCAACGACGAGGCUUCUUCUACGACGCGCAUGUGCAGAGCCCGCGGACGCGGAAACUCGCCCGUGCAAUUUCUGCUAGUAUUUCGGGUUGA